AGAUGAAUGGGAGGCUAGAUACCCCAUUGCACAUGGCUGCAUAUGCCUUGAAUCCAUAUUAUAGUUAUGCUACCACAAGCAUCUUUACCGAUGUGGAAGUCAUGUCCGGCUUGAUGGAAGUUAUUGAGCAAUUUUAUCUCGAUGAUGAUGAGAAGCAAAACAAAGUGCUUAACAUUGACUUGCCCAAAUUUAAAAAGAAGGAAGGCAUGUUUGGGAAGGUGGCUGCCACCAAAGCAAUUAGCAAUGCAAAUUUCAAUGCCGGUAAGCUUGUUCCCAAGAUAAUAUUGUCAUAUUGCAAUUCUGAAUUUUUUGGGCUGAUGCAUAAUACUUUGUAUUUUUCCUUUAAAUGUAGGGGAGUGGUGGGCAACUUAUGGACUACAAACUCCUACAUUGAUGCACAUUGCUUUGAGGAUACUCAACUUGACCACAAGUUCAUCCGGAUGUGAAAGAAAUUGGAGCAUUUUUGAACAAGUGGAUGCAAAGAGGAGAAAUAAACUAGACGUGCAUCGUAGGGACGAUCUAGUUUAUAUUCAAUUCAAUGGAAGAAUGAUAGACAAGAGGAAGAAGUACUCCUCAUCUUGUGAUGUUCUUCUUGGUGAAGAUGCUUCCAUGGCACAAGAUUGGAUAUGUGAAGGUGCUUACGUUGAUGAUGCAGAGGAGGUUGAUGCGGAGGAGGUUGAUGCAAUGGGAGCUUCCGAGUUUGUUGAGCUACGUAGAAGUGCAAGAGUGAGAGAACUUCAUGAAGUGGAAGAAUUUGUUUCCGAUGGGGAAGAAUCUGAUCACGGGCUUGUCAAUGAGGAUGACAUAGACUUCAAGUCCGAUGAUGAUGGGGUGAUACAAGGUGCCAAUGAAGAUGAGGAGGGGGACCCGAUGGAGCCUUAAUGGGGCUUCAAGCCUUCAAUGCUUUGCACUAUGUGUGCUUUUUUAUG